UUAGACUGAGUCGUCCUGCACCCGGACAGGGGGAGUGUGUGUGAGUGCGGGAUCAAAUGAGUGUGUGAUGUGGAUCUGGCAGGUGCUGCUCGCGCUCUACAGUCUUUCACCACCAGACUUUGAGAGGACCUGGACGGAUGUGGAUCAUCAGUGUCCGGCUGUGACGGCGUAAUUAAUUAAUUGGACUCAGCCGGUAGAACCUGCCGGGAAACCGAGCCAGAAGUCUCCUGGUGGACGGUGUCUGUCUUCAACUCUUCUUCUGUCCAACAUGUACAGCCUGAUGGAGCACGAGCUGAAGCCAGCUGGUCAGCAGCAUUCCCACCAAACUUCACCGGGAAUGUCGCCAAUCACCGGGAACCUGAGCGGGAGUUUGGGAGGCAACGGACCCUCUCACCCGAAACCAGCAUGUGUACCCGGAACCGACCCCAUGGACAAAGUGAAGAGGCCCAUGAAUGCGUUCAUGGUCUGGUCCCGGGGCCAGAGGCGGAAGAUGGCCCAGGAAAACCCCAAAAUGCACAACUCAGAGAUCAGCAAGCGGCUGGGAGCGGAGUGGAAGCUUCUGACCGACGCCGAGAAGAGACCCUUCAUCGACGAGGCCAAGAGGCUCCGGGCGGUCCACAUGAAGGAGUAUCCGGACUACAAGUACAAGCCCCGCCGCAAGACCAAGCCGCUGCUGAAGAAGGACGCUCCGGUGGGAAAGUUCCCGCUGUCUGCCGGGAACCUGCUGGCGGCGGCGGCGCAGGGUCAGGGCGGCAGUCCCCGGAUGGAGGGCUACGGAUGGGGUCCCACCGGCGGAUACACCGGCAUGCAGAGCGAGGCGCUGGGAUACGGUCAGCAACUGCACCGGUACGACUUGUCCGCUCUCCAGUACCCUCCUGGGAUGACGGCGGCGCAGACAUACAUGACCGGAGCCAACUCAUACAGUCCCAUGUCCUACAGCAGCAGUCCUCAGCAGCCCAGCCCAGUCACCAUGUCCAUGGUGAAACCAGAACCGGUGACCCACUCGCCCUCAGCUGGGACGCCAAACCAUCACCGGGGCCCCCUGCAGGGGGACCUCAGAGACAUGAUCAGCAUGUACAUCCCUGGACCGGGAGGAGAUGCCUCAGACCCCGGGUCCAACCAGAGGGGCUACAGCAGCGUUCAGCAGCACUACCUCACCGGGACCGUCCCACUGACUCACAUCUAGACCUGCAGCAGAACCGGGCCGGUCUUCAGGCUGGAGAGUCAGAAGAUGUGAAGUCCUGUCAGAGAUCAGGUGAUGUUUCCAUCUCGCCAGCAUCUACCCACUCAUUCCACAAGAUAAACUCUCUGUCCACUUCUUCAUGCUGGUUGGACUGGUUCCUCCAAGGACCUCACACUGGCCUCAGUUUGACCUCUGAGGGACCAAAGUCAGCUGAUCCAGAUCAGGGUUUGUUCUGGUCUCACAUGGUCUUGGCAGACUUUCAGCUGAUGAUCUCAUCAAUGUUGGUGGACCUGUGGACCAUCAUCGUCCCUCCCCCAUCUUGCCACAGCCUGAAGCUCCGCCCACCUCAGCUGGUGAUCAGACUCACCCAGCUGAAGUUCUGCUCUCUGGUCCUUCUGGACUUUGUUCCAUGGAAACAGACUUGUUUAAUUUGAGAUGAAGACCUGCUGCUGAGGUCCAGCUCGGACCAGAAGCAGGGCUGGAUUCUGGAUCAGAUCUGCCGGUUUCCUUGUCCAUGAUUAGUUUUUAGAUUCGAUGUGGUCUUGUUUUUUUCUUUCUGACAGAUCGCUGUUAAUCUUCUUGUUUCUAUGAACUUAGAUCCAGUUUUUAAAAGUUCUGUUCUAACUUGUUUUUUUUUUUGUUGUUGUUUUUUGGCUUCCUGACGGCAGAUUUUUUUUCCUUCCAGCCACAUGAAACUGAACCUGAAUGUGGACCACGAGCUGGUACCGGAACCAGGUCCAACGUGUGUGAAACCACUUCUGAAUGUUUACAUUAACAGCAGGUUUCUGGCCUGAAGGAUUUUGGAGAAGAUGUUGUAAAUGUGGAGUUACAGGAAGGUUUCUGUAAAUACUGUCUAUGUUCAGACUCUGAGAGUCUCUUUUUCAUUAAAAACCUCUGAUGGAACUCAUGUUAAUAAAGUUCAAACCUUA